AUGAGCAAGAUAAUCGAUGUUUCGAGCAAGUUGGGAGAGUAUAUGCUGAAGGGAUGGGUCCUUACCGACUCGCCGUGUGCCACCCCGGGUUGCAAUGUCCCCUUGAUGCGCUCACCCCAAGGGACAUCGCCCGUCGUACAGUUUUGCGUCAAUUGCGACAGGGACCCCCAGGCGUCGGCACCCGUGUCAUCUCCGGUCCCCAAGGCUGAAGACACCCCAACGUUGCUACGCCGGACGACGCGUUCAUCUAGCUUCAGCGCUGAAAGCCUCGAGCUUAGCAGCCAUCACUCGCGUUCAUCCACGCCAGCAACGGAUGUGUCUAGUGCGCUCAGUUCCCCGACGUUUGCACCGCCCGUCGAAACAGAGGAAAGCAGACGUCGACGACAACAGUCGGAUGCUGCUUCUUCCGAAAUUGGGAAACGUCUUCUCAAGGGAUGGGCAAUGCUCGCAGACGAAUGCCCAAAUCCUCGGUGCUAUGGCAUUCCUCUCGUUCGCCCACCCAGAGUUGGGGGUUCGAAGGAUUCGCGUAAAGAAUGCGUGGCAUGUGAGACGGCCUACGUCACUGAAAAAGAUAUGAAUGGCUGGGAUAGACUGGUACCGUCAGAUAGCUCGGCGGCACGAAGCGAACCACCAAGUAACGAAGCUGCCGUAAGAUUGGCUCAAGGCGCGCAUGGCUCCCCUGACAAGGAGAAACUCGUUUUGCAAGUUGACACCCAAGGGGCGCCGGCGACGUCGUCGAACACCGUUAAUUCAUCGGCUCUAUUGCAGGAAGGCCGCAGAGACACUGCCAUUGCUCAGAGACGAUCCGCGACACUAACGACACGGACCGCUACAGACAAAGAUGAUCCGUCAACUAGCUCGUCCUUGGAAUCGACCGCAAGGUCAUUGCAGCGAAGCUUGCUUUCUCUCUCUGAACGACUAGAAUUACUUUCCGGUGGCCACAUGAUACUCGACCCUGCAUCUAUAUCUCAGACGGCGGAUGCGAUUGGCAGAGUCGCGCAUGCUCUGAGCGAAGUCAAGAAACUCCAGGGGCAGCUUAACUUUACUUGAACGAGGCUUCUCAAGAUGGAAGAAUGGGUCGUGCACCCUAUCGGUAACUGCCACGUAGCUGUGGGCUUGUCAGUCUUACAUGUAAUGCCAGCAGAACUCCUCCUGUGCAACACAUACGUGUUAU